ACGUGGACGUGGAGAAACCGGAUGAGAAGUCAAUCAUGACGUAUGUUGGUCAAUUCCUCGACAAGUACCCGGAUGCAGGCAAGCCCGUCGCGAAGCUGGAGACAGCGAAAGAGAAUGGAACUGAGGAGACAGACGGAUCGGACGAAUUUGAGAAACUGGAGGCUCCCGUAGAGGAAGCUCUGGUAUCCUCCGUCGCAGCCGAUUCCUUCCUCGCAGCUCCUCCUUCUGACACCGUCUACAGCAAUAAGGAGGAAGAGGAGGAGAAGGAGGAGGAGAAGGAGGAGGAGGAGGAGGAGGAGGAUCAUGCGACCGUGAUGGGCGUAGAGUUCGCUCCCAUGAACAUCCCGCUGGAGAGGCGUCUUCAGACAGCCGCCGUCAUCCACAUCGUCGCCACCUUCAUGUUCGCCAGCUUCGGCAGCAUCUUCUUCUGCAUCUACCUGCUGCUCUGCACGCGCUACUGGUGGCUGGUGCUCAUCUACAUAAGCUGGAUGCUGUUCGACCGCGACUCGUGCAACCGCGGCGGCCGCCGCAGCGAGUGGGUGCGAAACUGGCCGAUGUGGGCGUACUACCGCGACUACUUCCCGAUCACGUUGCGACGGACGGCGGAGCUGGAUCCGAAUAGGAACUACGUGUUUGGCUACCACCCGCACGGGAUCAUGGGGGUGGGAGCGUUCUGCAACUUCGGGCUGAACGGGAAGUAUUUCCUGGAGAAGUUUCCCGGGAUUAAGCCGUACCUGCUGACGUUGGAGGGACUCUUCUGGUUCCCGUUAGAUAAGAUGCUGUCUCUCUUUACAGGUGUGUGCAGCGUGAGUAAGGAGAGCAUAGAGUGGAUUCUCACGAAGGAAGGCAAAGGAAACGCCGCCGUCAUCAUCGUAGGUGGCGCCGUGGAGGCGCUCGAAGCGCACCCGGGUGGCUUCAACGUGAAGCUGAAGACCCGCAAAGGGUUCGUCAAGAUGGCGCUGAAACACGGGGCGUCGUUGGUGCCAGUCUACUCGUUUGGGGAGAACGACGUGUUUGAUCAAACAGAGAACCCUGAAGGUUCCUUGCUGCGGAACAUACAGAACGUGCUGACCAAGUAUCUAGGGUUUGCCCCUCCGAUCUUCCACGGCCGUGGUGUGUUCAACUACACGUUCGGGCUGCUGCCGUUCAGAAAGCCAGUGACAACCAUCGUCGGUAAACCCAUCGAUCUGGAGAAAGUCGAGGAGCCAGAUAACGAACUAGUGGACAAAACACACGACAUCUACACGCGCGCCCUCUGCCGGCUCUUCGACGACCACAAGGCCGAGUUCGGCAUUCCCGAAGAAACGACGCUGACGAUCGUGUGACCUCGCCGUGACCCUGACGUCAGCGAUCACGCAACCAUCACGUGGGGUAGUAGCUUGUAGAUGGAUGUCUGUUCGCUGCGGCAGCGUGUGGGGGUGGUGGUCACGCAUGGACCCGUUCUUUCUCUCUUCUACACGGCGCAUACUUGACGAGUUGUCUGAAACGACGACGACGAUGACGACCACUGUGACGACGAUGACGAUAAAGAAUAUGAUAACGAAGGCGAUGAUGGUGAUGAUGAUGGUGGUGAUGAUGAUGGUGGUGAUGAUGAUGAUGAUGAUGAUGAUGAUGAUGGUAGUGGCGGUGGUAAUGAUUAUGAUAGUGGUGAUAAAGAAUAUGAUUAUAAAGGCGAUGAUGAUGCUGACGAUGACGAUGACGACGAUGAUGA